GCCCCAGUGAAGUUCGUGGCAGCGCACAAAGACCCCAGCCGAAGUACAUAGAAACAGAAUUUCAGGCGGAAGGAAAGCACAACAAGCUCCACAGAAGGGGCCACAAAUACACAAUAAAGAAAACAAAUUGCAACCACAACAAGAGGAUAAUUUGCCAGCCGAGCAACUUGAUCCUGGCUACCCAAUUCGCGUCGCCAAUUCGCAGUGUGUGCAGUGGAGCGCGUCCUUUAUUUUCGUCAGCACUUCGGUAUCCUGCCAACGGAAAAAAAUCACCCAAAGGACGCCCCACGCACUCACUGUUUUUACGGGCUGCCAGAGUUGCCCCAUCGCCGCCAGGAGCCAGAGGCCAGGAGGAACCCGCAGGACCAAGGCGUCCAAUCUGAAUUCCAUGGCAGCAGCCACAUGGAGCUGGCUGUUGGCCCCAUUCCUGCUCCUCCACUGGGCCAGUGCAGGAGCGGGCGGAGGAGCAGGCGGCGCGGGAGCGGGUCUGAGCGGCCCCGCCGUCUUCACCAGCUCCUUCCUGGUACGCUUCCGGCGCGGAGUGGACAACGCGUUCGCCCAUGAUGUGGCCGACAAGUACGGCUUCGACAACCUAGGCCCGCUGGUCGGCGCCGAUGGACACGAGUAUCAUUUCAAGCACCGGACCCUUCCACAUGCCCGCUCCAGGCGGAGUCUGACGCACACACGGGCCCUCAAGAGCCAUCCGGCGGUGCAUACGGCCGUGCAACAGCCGGGAUUCAAGCGGGUUAAACGUGGCCUGCGGCCGGCGGUGCCCGCAAUUCACGGCAUGAAGUUCGACCUGAAAGUGGGCGAGGGCAAUCGGAUUGACGAGGAGCCCACUGACCCCUACUUCCCCAUGCAGUGGUACCUCAAGAACACGGGUCAGAAUGGCGGCAAAGUCAGGCUGGAUCUGAAUGUGCAGGCCGCCUGGGCCCAGGGAAUCACCGGGAAGAAUGUUACGACGGCCAUCAUGGAUGAUGGCGUGGACUACAUGCAUCCGGAUCUGAAAUUCAAUUAUAACGCCGAGGCCAGUUAUGACUUCAGCAGUAACGAUCCCUUUCCGUAUCCCCGAUACACCGACGACUGGUUCAACAGCCAUGGAACUCGUUGUGCCGGCGAAGUGGCUGCUGCCAGAGAUAAUGGAAUUUGCGGCGUUGGCGUUGCUUAUGACAGCAAAAUCGCAGGCAUUCGCAUGCUGGAUCAGCCGUACAUGACGGACCUAAUCGAGGCCAACUCCAUGGGCCACGAGCCGCACAAAAUCCACAUAUACAGCGCCUCCUGGGGUCCCACCGAUGAUGGCAAGACCGUGGACGGUCCCCGGAAUGCCACCAUGCGAGCGAUAGUCCAGGGCGUCAAUGAGGGUCGAAAUGGCCUGGGCAACAUCUAUGUUUGGGCAUCCGGCGACGGCGGCGAGGAGGAUGACUGCAACUGCGACGGCUACGCCGCCUCCAUGUGGACCAUUUCCAUUAACAGCGCCAUUAAUGACGGCCAGAACGCCCACUACGACGAGAGCUGCAGCUCCACGCUGGCGUCCACAUUCAGCAACGGAGCCAAGGACCCCAACACGGGCGUUGCCACCACGGACCUCUAUGGCAAGUGCACGACCACCCACUCGGGCACCAGUGCGGCGGCGCCCGAAGCAGCGGGCGUCUUUGCCCUGGCCUUGGAGGCCAAUCCGCAGCUGACUUGGCGGGACAUACAGCAUCUGACGGUGCUGACAUCGAAGCGCAACUCGCUGUUCGAUGCCAAGAACCGAUUCCACUGGACAAUGAACGGCGUGGGCCUGGAGUUCAACCACCUAUUCGGGUUCGGAGUGCUGGACGCCGGCGCCAUGGUCACACUAUCCAAGCAGUGGCAUGCAGUACCACCGCGCUAUCAUUGCGAGGCGGGCGAGCUUACCCAGCCACAAGCCAUUGUUAUGGGUCGUUCGCUCUUCUGGGAGAUCAAAACCGAUGCUUGCAAGGGCACCGACACGGAGGUCAACUAUUUGGAACACGUGCAGGCGGUGAUCUCGGCAAAUGCCUCACGGCGCGGGGAUCUUGAGCUCUUCCUUACAUCGCCAAUGGGCACCAAAUCCAUGAUCCUGUCGAGGCGCGCCAACGAUGAUGACCACCGCGAUGGCUUCACCAAAUGGCCCUUCAUGACCACUCACUCGUGGGGCGAGUAUCCGCAGGGGACCUGGAAACUGGAGGCUCGUUUCAAUUCGCCCCAAACCCGACACGGCAAUCUGCUGGAAUGGUCCUUGGUCCUGCAUGGCACCAAGGAGGCGCCAUACCGCACCCUGCACCCCUCGUCGCCGCACUCCAAGCUGGCCAUUGUGAAGAAGGCGCACGAGGACAAGAAGAUGAAGUAGGGCGGGUCGCGCAGAGGGUCAGAGGUCAGGUCCAGAUAAACAUCCGCGUAGCGACGUCCAUUAGGCAGCUUGGCGUUUUAUCAACGAGUUUAGUGUGAGGUUCAAUAAAAGUGCUGGCUGUGUUUUAUUUUGGAAUAGGAUUGAUUGAGAUUAAACAUUUGAUUUUGAUUGUGUUUGUCCUUUGUGUAACUUCUAAUAUUUGCCAUUUGUGUUGGAUCUGUAGAACUAAAAGUUCAUUUAAGCGAGGGAUGUCCAUUAUCAUUUCCGUUUGUGUAAUUAGUUUUCUGAUUUGGUGAGCUAAGCGCCAAGGGUGCCACAAAAUCACUUCAUUCGCCGUUUAAACUAUUUCUGGAAAUUGCAAAAGCGCACAUUUGCCACAGUAGAACAGAUUUAUCAAAAUUUUGCACUCAACACCAUAAUCCGUUGAGUGUCCUAGCGAACUCUGUAGUCGAUAUCGAAGGCAACCACAAGAUAAGAACAUAGAAAACAGGUAUAGCAGGUAUAUUUGAAUGCGUAGCAAGACUAGGAAGCGGGGAAUAGAGAUAUAUAAUAAAACUAGAACAAAGAAAACAGGAUAAACCCUAUGUAAAUGUGUAAUAUCUAUAUGUAUGCAUACCCUAUCUUUAACUGCGUCCUAUGCUGUAGACUUAUAACUCUUUCUAGUAUAAAAUACAAACUAUGAUAAACAAAGUAUUUACACGUAUUUUAAAGCUUUGUCCUUUGUUUUCCAUCCUAUAUAUAUACACGAAUAUACCUACAUACAUGCAUAUACAUAUGUACUUAAAGGAUACUUAGCAAAAACAUAAAAUGUUAAUCCCAUUACUGCGGAACAAGUUUGUCGCUUAACUUUGGUUGCAAGCCGAAAUCUGCUUUAAUUUGGAUACAUCUCGUACGUGUAAAAUGCAUUUACAUACAUAGUUUUCCUUUCAGUUUCUUUCGGGGGCCAAAAAACCACAACAUAGUAACAUUAAUUGUGUGAAACCAGAUUCACGAUUGUGUCGUAAAACGGAGCGUGUGUUAUGAAAAUACAUAAACAAAUGUUAAAGUACAAGUGCAUAAACCUUAACGGUGAGCAGAGAGAUACAGAUACGGAUUGUUUUACCUAGUCUAAUAACUGAGAUACAGCGCAUUGUUAAAGUUUACCUAUAAUGUGCGAGAGGAAUAAAAUAUAUAUAUAUAUACACAGAACCAUAUAUGAAGUACAUACGUGUGUAAUUAUUAAUCAAAAACCACAUGAAGAGGUGACGGCGGAAACUGUGGAAUAACCAUUAUAUACAUACACCGAAUAUUUAACUAUAUAUAUGCAUAAAUGUAUGAUACGUAUAUAUAUACGUAUAUAUAAACCACAAAAUAAACGCAAGGAGUAUCUUAUGUGGCCGUUAAGUUGAUUUUUGAUGUUGUAGAUACAAGAAGUAGCACCAAUAGAUGCACCAUACCACUCAAAAUUAUAAAAAGAUGUGAGAAUGCUAAUGCAAAACCGAUAUUUGAUUGCAAAUUUAAUUAUUUCCUAUAGCACACAAUUUGCUUUUGUCUCUUGGUGCGGUUUUGUCAUUUCCAUGUAAUUGAACAGAAAGAGAAUUUAAUUUUGUAAAUAAAAGUUAAGAAAAAACGGA